AUGACUAAGCACGAAAAGAAGGUUAAGGUUUCUACUAUCACCGAUAAGAAUGGUGACAAAGUUAAGGUCUUUGAAGAUUUAGAUAGUUUUGAAAAUUUCGUAAAGAACAGUGCGGAAGAUAAUGAAUUUGAAAAUGUACAUUGUCAAUUAAAUUAUUAUCCACCUUUCAUCAUGCAUGAAACUCAUGACGAUCCAGAUAAGAUUAAGGAUACAGAAAAUUCACAUUCUAAGAAGUUUGUUCGUCAUUUACAUCAACAUGUUGAAAAACAUUUAUUGAAGGAUAUUGGUAAUUAUUUCCAUCAACCUUUGAAAUUUAAGGAUCAUCACAAGGAAGAAGAUUUCGAACAUAUUACUUGGUCUUACAAUGAUGAAGCUACUUUGAAUGAUAAACAUUUCAAUUUAAAUAUUGAAGUUACUUGUCAUCAUGAUGAUGCAAUGGUUGCUGUUGAUUAUAAGACUUCUCCAGUAGUCUAA